AUGAAGGCUCAGAAACCGACAUUCGUUCUUCACGAAGAGGCAGAGUCGUCCCCAGCGUCCUGUUCGACCUCGAGGGAACGCGCAGUCCCUGCUUCUCCCCACCAUCCUCCUCCCCUGACGACGCACCUCUCCUACCGCCGCUACUCGCACGACGAAGGCACCCGCACGCCGCCCUCGCACCACCUGUGCGACCUCGACGAGGAGUCGGCGCUCGAGUCGACCGGCGGCGAGAGCGAGAAUGACGCUCUGCUCGCGAACGGAAGAAGCGCGAGGGGGACGCCAAAGCGGAGACGGACGCUGCCGCAGAACGGAUACGGAACGCUGGGAAGUCCGCACGGGAACUACUUGACGUUGAACGAGGGGGCGCCGUUCAAGCGGACCGAGUCGAUCCUCCGCCUCACGGGCUUGAUCGACGACCGCGCUGGCGAGUACGAGAAGUUCCGCAAGACGGAUGAGGAGCUGAAGAAGAUGCCGAAGAAGGUGCGGAAGUUCUACGAGCGGCAGAAUGAGCAACUCGACGCCUUCAUCGAGGUUGACGAGAUCCUCGACAACGCGCGAGCCAAGGCUGCCACGGGCGAGCUUCUGCCGAUCGGCCAGCACAGCUCGGAGAAGCAAGACGACCAUCGCGCGGCCGUCAAGUGGGCCAUCGACUUCAACCUCGCCAUCAACAUCCUCCUCAUCAUCGCGAAGAUCGCCGUCGUCUUCCUUUCGCACUCGAUGUCUCUCAUUGCCUCGACCGUCGACUCGGCUAUGGACCUCCUCUCGACCGUCAUUAUCUUCGGCACGAGUCGCUACAUUGAACACCGCGACUGGAAGUCGUCGUACAUCUACCCUACCGGCAAGCGCAAGAUGGAACCGCUCGGCGUGCUCAUCUUCUCGGUCUUCAUGACUUCGUCAUUCCUUCAAGUCUUUAUCGAGUCCGUCAACCGCCUCUUCGACAAAAAUCUCGAGUUCACCCGCCUGCCGCUCGUUGCACUCCUCGUCAUGGGGUCAACGAUUGUCAUCAAGGCGGGAGUCUGGCUCAGCUGCCGAGCUAUCAAGAGCGCGUCCGUCGAAGCUCUGCAGCAGGAUGCGGAGAACGACAUCGUGUUCAACUUCUUCUCGAUUCUCUUCCCCUUUGCUGGCCAGCUCAUCGGCUUCCGCUACCUCGACGCGAUGGGAGGUGCCCUCCUCUCGCUCUACAUCAUUGUCGAAUGGGUCGGCACGCUCCUCGACAACGUCCGCAAGCUGACCGGUCGCCGCGCACCUCCGCAAGAACACCAGCGCAUCGCCUAUCUCCUCACUCGCUUCUCGCCGCUCGUCGAGGCUAUCCAGCACCUUAGCUUGUACUAUUCCGGCGAGGGUAUGGUGUGUGAGGUGGAUAUCGUCUUGCCGGCGAGCACGAGCUUGACGGCGUCGCACAACCUCGGAGAGGCGUGCCAGUACGCCAUUGAGCAGCUCAGCGGGAUUGAGCGCGCCUUUGUUCACGUCGACUGCACCGUCAAUCCGCACUCAGGCCACCUCGAGCGAUGA